GUAUUGAGCAAAACACAGAGCUGGUGAGGAGCGUGCAGCUGGAGGUGAAACUGGCUUUAGAAACCGUCGACAGAGUAGUACAAACAUCGUGCUGUGAUGGCUGUGAGCGCCACUUUGAGUAACAAACAAGAACACAGACAGUGGCGCUCGUGAACGCAGCUUGGAUUAUGCUGAACGUGUCGCGGGAAACGACAAAUCCUUUACUGUGAAAAACUCCUACAAGUACACUGUCCUAAAAAAUCCUAAAAUUAAGCUACUCAGAGCGCCGCAGACAACAGGUUGCUGCAAUGGAAAAGUUUGUGGUUCAAGGACAAAAUAAACGGUCCUGCGUCAGUGAUGCAAGAAGUCCACAGAAGAAGAUCAAACUGGAGAGUGAUGAGAGGAUGAAGCAGCAGGAGGAGGAGGAUGAUGAGGAAGAUGAACAUGCCGCUUUAGCAGAGUUCUCUCAACCUGUUCCCUGGCAAAAAAUAGAGGCAGAGGGACUAGACUGUGAUUACGCUCUGCUGUUCUCCAAAGAGGAAGCAGACCACCUUUUUAAACAGCUGGAGGAGGAGGUGGUGUACUCAACAGGGGAAGAAGCAAAGGUCCGGGUGUUUGGAAAGGUGUACAAUAUACCAAGAAAGCAGGCCACAUAUGGAGACGCAAGUCUAGCCUACACUUACUCUCGGGUGACACGUUUAGCCUGCCCGUGGACUCCAACCUUGGAAUAUAUUCGGGAUGCUGUCACAAAAACAACUGGACAAAUAUUUAACUUUGUUUUGGUCAACAGGUACAAAGACGGGCAGGAUCACAUGGGUGAGCAUCGGGAUGACGAGAAGGAGCUGGACCCCCUCUGUCCCAUCGCCUCUGUCUCUCUGGGAGCAGCACGAGACUUUAUCUUCCGGCAUAGAGAUGCUCGGGGAAAACAGAGACGCCGACAGAUUGAACCUGUGAAGUUGGAGCUCGCUCAUGGAAGCCUGCUCCUCAUGAACCCACCGACCAACACUCUCUGGUAUCAUAGCCUUCCUGCUCGCAAGAAGAUUUUCGUACCUCGUAUCAACCUCACCUUUAGACGCAUCCUACUGGACAGAAAGAAAUGACCAAGCUUGUAUUAUCAACCGGGCCAAUGGGGCCAGUGCCUAAGAAACAUUUGACUAAGGGGCCCCAAUUUAGGUUGAAUGGAGGACAAGCCCUACUUGCUGUCCUUGGAGAAAAAAUAAAAAUAUCACAAAUCUAAAAUGUGUCUGUUAACGUAGCAGCUGAAUCUGAGUGACUAAAUGACAGCACAAGGUGAAAUAGGUGAUGACUGCCAACUGGGACACUGGAGAAUAAGCACAUUUUACAGUGAAUCAAAACUCUGACUGACUCAAGUUCAAACUACCACUUCAGCUGCAUUUCAAAAAGUCCUUUGAGCAUCAAAGUUCAUUCUUGACCAUGGAAAUAUGUUUGACCAAAAAAAAAAAAAACCUUAACUCAAGGUCAGUUUACUAGAUUUUUCCAAAGCUUUAAACCCCAUCUCAAGGUCUUUAUAAAUUGAAAUUAUGUAAUUUAUUUAUUCUUGUGAAACAUGUAUCUCUUAUCUCUAUAGAAGAGUUAGUUUAGUUUGAAACCCUUCAGUGAGAACCGCACGCUUGGUCAGCUUACAGAAAAUUCUUAGAUCUGGUAGAGAUUCAGUGUUUUGGACACUUCAGGAAGUGGGUGCUUGAUUUUAGGAAUGUCUACCGGCACACAAUCUCAAAAGUAGCAAAUAUUUAUCUUGCUCUAAAAAAAUAAAACUCUAAAGUGCA